UCCUUAUUGACCUCACCAAAAUGCUAGGAUUUAAAACCUUACCAAAGCUAUGCGCAGUUGUGGCAUUCGGGUUCUUCACUAUCACCACGUCUAGCGAGCUUGCCCCGGAGCAACCCGAGAAGGAAUCAUCAGACAUCGGAUCAUUACGUGAUAAUGAAGAACCAUCUACUAAACCUUCGGAACUACAGAAGCCCCCAAAGACCUUCACUCCAGAAAACACGAAGACAGGAGAACCUUCCAACCUUUCUCUUGAAUGGCUUUUGUUACCCGAGCCUAAAAGCAGAAAACGUCUUCUUGACGAGUUGCCAUUUGACUUAGCCAUUGAUGUAUCAAUGGAUUUUAAUGAGCCAAUAAAGAGCAAAACAAGAAACCGUAUUAGGAAGUUUUUUUCAUUGAGUGAGAAAGAGCAACAGGCAAAGCGUUUAGCUUCAUACGGUUUCUAAUUGUAAAUCGCCAAUAAUAGAGUACAUUGAUAAUAACGCAGUUAUCGUAA